CGCCCGACCGCCCGCCGUUACGUUGCUGUGUCAUCCCUACUCGUCUGUACUGUCGGGCAGUAAUCUGCAGUGGAGAACUCUUGGUUUCAACUCCUGGACUUGAGAAAUAUCUUCUGUUGUUGCAAGUGGAGAACUCAGCCAGCAUGGACAGAUCAAAGAAAGACGAGGGGAAGAGCAUCUACCGCAUCCCUCCCUACUACUACAUACAUGUCCUGGACCAGAACAGCAACGUGACCAAGUUGGUGGUGGGACCACACACCUUCAUCAGACAAGACAACGAGAAGGUGAUAGUUGCGACCAGAGAAGAUGAUAUGUGGUUCCCCGAGGCAACGACUGCGUGGUGGAGGAACCGGCCAUGAAGACAAGGACGGCGAACGCGAUUGUUCGAUACACACGGACAGAUAAAGCUGCGCCACGCAGAUCAGGAGAUACGGGUGGCACAGGACCGUUUCCUCUCUUCCCGGGAGAGGUCCUGAAGCAGAUAGUCACCCAGCUGAAGGUGGUCCCGGCCAACACUGCACUGCGCCUGCGAGCCGUCCUCGACUUUGUGGAGGAAGGAGGGUCCAAGAGGACAGCUGGGGACGAGUGGCUGUUUGAGGGCCCAGGGACCUACAUUCCAUACAAGGAGGUGGUUGUCGAGGAGACGAUCAGGGCCACAGUCAUCAAACCAAACCAGGCCAUUAAACUGAGGGCCCGCAAGGAGACUCUGGAUCGAGACGGGAACCCCAGAGUGACGGGAGAAGAGUGGCUGGUCAAGAAGAUUGGGGCCUACCUUCCUGGAGCCUAUGAGGAGGUGGUGGAGCUGGUGGAUGCCUAUGUCCUCACUGAGAAGGUUGCCCUGCACAUGAGAGCCACGCGGACCUUCACCGACCGCAAUGGAGUCACCCACAGGAACGGAGAGGAAUGGCUCAUCAAGAUGGAGGACACUGAGGCACACAUUCCUGAUGUCUACGAAGAGGUAGUAGGUGUGACCAACAUCACCACACUGACCAACCGGCAGUAUUGCGUCAUCCUGGACCCUGUAGGCAGCGACGGGAAACCCCAGCUGGGCCAGAGGAAGCUGGUGAAGGGAGAGAAGUCGUUCUUCCUGGAGCCCGGCGAGAGACUGGAGAAGGGAAUUCAGAAUGUCUAUGUUCUAGGGGAGGAUGAGGGGCUCAUUAUGAAGGCCAUUGAGGAGCAUACCGACCCUGACACUGGAGCGUCUCGCCAGCCGGGCGAUCGCUGGAUGAUCAGAGGGCCCCAGGAGUACGUCCCCUCGGUAGAGGUUGAGGUGGUCACCAAGCAAAAGGCCAUUCCUCUCGACGAAAACGAAGGAAUAUACGCCAGGGACAUCAAGACUGGAAAGGUGAGGUCUGUGUGUGGUUCGACGUACAUGCUGACCCAGGACGAGGAACUGUGGGAGAAGCAUCUUCCACCGGCCGUUGAAGAUCUCCUCUCUCAGGCCAAAGACCCCCUCGCUGACCGCUCCGAUAGAUCUCGGGCAGUAGUCUCUACAAAGAGAGACAAAACGAGGGUCAUCACCUUCCGAGUCCCGCACAACGCCGCCGUGCAGAUCUACGACUACAAACAGAAGACGGCACGUGUCAUGUUCGGGCCCGACCUCGUCAUGCUGGAGCCGGACGAGCAGUUCACUCAGCUGUCUCUCUCCGGCGGGAAACCCAAGAGGCCCAAUGUCAUCAAGGCCCUCUGCCUCCUCUUGGGGCCCGACUUCUGUACCGACAUCAUCACCAUUGAGACCUCGGACCACGCCAGACUCUCUCUGCAACUGUCCUACAACUGGCAUUUUGAGGUGGCAGACAAGGGGAGCGAGAAGGAGGCGUCCAAGAUUUUCUCGGUGCCAGACUUUGUCGGUGACGCCUGCAAAGCCAUUGCCUCUAGGAUCAGAGGAGCUGUGGCUGGGGUCCAGUUUGACGACUUUCACAAGAACUCGGCAAAGAUCAUUCGUGCCUCUGUUUUUGGUAUAGACGAUAAGGGAAAGGUCCGCGAUCGCUUCGCCUUCCCUGCCAACUGCCUCGUGAUAACCAGCAUCGACAUCCAGUCGGCAGAGCCAGUCGAUCAGAGGACUAGGGAUGCUCUGCAGAAGUCAGUGCAAUUGGCCAUUGAGAUCACAACCAACUCCCAGGAGGCCACUGCCAGACACGAGGCAGAGAGGCUGGAGCAGAAGGCCAAGGGAGCUCUGGAGCGACAGAAGAUCACGGACGAGGCUGAGGCAGAAAGAGCACGCAAGGAGCUCCUGGAGCUGCAGGCCAACAGUGCGGCAGUUGAGUCGACGGGACAGGCCAAGGCUGAGGCCCAGUCACGAGCAGAGGCUGCCAAGAUCGAGGGACAGGCUGCAGUAGAACAGGCCAAACUGAAGGCCCAAGCCAGCAAGAUUGAGGCGGAAUCAGAGCUGGAGAGGUUGUCGGGUGCGCGGGAGGCAGAGACAAAGUUUGUAAGGGAGCAGAACGACCUCGAGAUUGCCAAGGCCAGGGACAUGGCGACCAUCGAGACACAUAAAUUCAAGGACAUGGUCGAUGCCAUUGGCUCGCAGACCAUUCAGGCUAUUGCCACUGCCGGCCCUGAGAUGCAGGUGAAGCUGCUAAAGAGUCUGGGGCUCAAGUCCACUCUGAUAACAGACGGAUCAAGUCCCAUUAACCUCUUCAACACCGCCCACGGGCUUAUCGGAGCUCUCGAGGCCCCGCCCCCUGCCAAUCCUUCCACCUCCUGAGUUCCUACAUGGCUAUAAUACACAGAUAGCU